ACCCAUACUUCGAUCUCCUAGUGAAAAUGGCCCCUGUUAAGUCCAAGAAGAACGCCGAGUCUAUCAACUCCCGUAUCCAACUUGUCAUGAAGUCUGGCAAGUACACCCUUGGUUACAAGUCAACUUUGAAGUCUAUUCGUCAAGGCAAGGCCAAGUUGAUCAUCAUUGCUGGUAACUGCCCUCCUCUUCGCAAGUCCGAGAUCGAAUACUACGCUAUGUUGUCUAAGACUGGUGUCCACCACUACAACGGUAACAACAUUGAUUUGGGUACCGCUUGUGGUAAGCUUUUCCGUUGCAGCGUUCUCUCCAUCACUGAUGCUGGUGACUCUGAUAUCUUGACUGCUCAAUAAAUGCUAUGAAGAAUUGCAGAUAAAUUCUACGUACAUUGUAUCAGUUCGAUUUGAAGAAUAAAAUUUUUUUUCAACAUCAUGUAUAUGUUAUACAUUAGCAGACUAGCAGAUAGAGUGUGCUAAAAACUAUAUUUAUUUUAUUACUACCCAAU